AUGGAUGAUUUUGAUGUAUUGGAGUACGUCCAGAAAAAAAAAUUCAACCUACACAUUAAACGAAGGACUCGAGAGAAAUCUUCAAAAUAUGAUAACCUGUUUGAGAUCUCGUUCGUUGUCUGGCUAAGGGCUCCAUUGUAUCAAGGGGCAUGGGUCAAUACUGAGAAAGAAUUAAAACAGAUGAAACUUGAUAGUUGGGCUGGCAGCACACAGAAAAAAAAAGUAUGUCUUAUCGUUAUCGAUUACACCACUCUUUCAGCAGAGCCUUCUGACGUCCUGGAGUUGGUCAAAAGCCAUAAAUAUUUAGAAUACAUUGCGGUAGAUCGCCUGAAAGAAGCUAGAAAGUAUGAGGUGUACAGACGUAUUGAUACACUUCAGUCACCCGAUUGUAUGGAGUGCUUUGACUGUCAUAGUGAUGCCCUCAUAGAUCUAUUCAAAAGCACACAUGUGUAUCCAUAA